UUCUUCAAUUACGUAUCACUCAUCAGGAUCAGUUUAACUGGCAAUGCUCAUUCAAAUCGUAUGGAUUCUCACUACUGCAGCAACAGGUACGUGUUCCACUUCAUGUCAAUCGUCUAAAAUAGUGGACAUAUGCUCUCUUGAUCCGGAGAUUGGCGAUGGCAAAAGUAAUAUUGAAGAAUGGUUCUACGAUAAAAGGACUGACAGAUGUCUGCUUACAAAAUUUGACUCCAAUGAAGACCCGGAGGGAAACAGAUUCACUUUCGAGGAAUAUUGUGUUUCCAAAUGCAGAAAAAAUGUGCCGACGUUUUGUUUCGAUGACGCCAAUAACUAUCGCUCUUACUACGGACACAAACCGGCCCAAAAAUGGACAUACGAUUCCGACACUAUCAAAUGCGUCCAAUUUACCUGGAAGGGAAAAGACACAACAAACAAGAAUGUAUUUAAUUCUCAACGCGAGUGCGAAACCAAGUGUAAAGAUAGGGACAUUGGACCAUGCAAGCAUCGGAUUCACUUUGACUGUAAACAUGGAGACGAUCUAUACUAUUCGUUUGAUUACCAAAAAAAAGAAUGCCGGACAUUAAAUGGCGACGAGUGUCCUCCCGGCGGAAACGCAUUCUACUCACUACGCGACUGCUAUCAGCGUUGUGGAAGAUUUGUGGAAAAUGUUUGCAAGCUUCCAAUUCAAAAUAUGAGCUUUUGCAGUACAUUUGAGAGAAGGUACGGUUACAACACCAACACACAAAGGUGCGAAGAGUUUCGAGGCUGUCCAGACAUUGGGAACAAUUUUGAUUCUGCGAAGAAAUGUUGGGACACUUGUGCGGAGAGUAAAAACCCUUGUGUCAUGCAACCGGAUUAUAAAGUUCGUUUCAUCUUUACUACACGCUACUACUAUGACAUAAAUACCCACAACUGCGUGGAAACUUCCCUGUUUCGUGGCCAAGUUACUGGGCAUUCUAACUUGUUUAAGACAAGUCAUGACUGCAAAAAAGCGUGCAUGGCAACUUAUGUGUUAGAGCCCGAUUGGUAAUUAAAAAACAUGUAAGCCUCAAGUUAUAUAAAAAAAGCGGCCUUGCCUAAGGAACAGAUCUCUGUUUACGUCUACUAUUGGAUAAACCAAUCAAACACCGAAAUACAGAAAAUAAGCUGUUUCUGAUGUAAUAAGGCGUUGGCAAUAAAAAUACAUAUGUUGACGGA